AUGUCGAAUCCACAGCAAGAAAGAGGUGCCUAUGGUGCAGGAAAAGCCGGUGGGGCUUUUGAUCCCCUCUCUUAUAUUAAAAAACCUCAGGUUAUAUUGAGACUAGCGUCUUUGAUAUUUUCUAUAGUUGUGUUUGGGUGUAUAUCAUCUAGAGGUUAUUAUGUAAAUCAGUGUCAAAUGAACAAUAGUGGUGCGUGUGGAUAUGGAGUUGGUAUAGGGGUGCUAGCAUUUUUAAUAUGUAUCGGAUUUUUAGUCGUGGAUGCCAUGUUUGAAAAUCUUAGUAGUAUUCAACAUAGGAAGUAUGCUGUAAUGGCUGAUAUGGGAGUAUCAGGUCUAUGGACAUUUUUAUGGUUCGUAGGAUUUUGUUUUUUAACUGAUGCAUGGAGGAAAACUGAUGUAAAUGCUGAUUACUACAACCCUAAACACAAUCCUCAGGACAAUAUUCAAGCAGCCAUUGCUUUCGCUUUCUUCUCUAUUUUCACUUGGGCUGCAACUACAUUCUUUGCUGUACGUCAAUAUAGAAUGGGUGCUCAGGAUGCUUUCGCUAGUGGUUACGACCCAGAACCCAACGUGUCCUCCCCCUACUCCUCAUUCCCCGGUAGUGAUACAGGCGACCCCUAUCAACAACAACCAUUCAGUCAACCUAAAGAAACACCUGACUUCCAACCCCACACCUACUAG